GGCAACGACUAUACUAGCUUUUUUUUUUUUCAACAAGACAUUUAUUUUAUAAUCUGUGGUUUUAAUUGAGCAUGUAAACAAAUUUGGAAUUAUUUUGCACAAAGAUUAUGGCCGGAAAAACGAAAUAAUUCUACCAAGUGAACUAAAAGAUUAUAACAUCAUCACAAUCAAGACUGAGCUUGAAAAAAUUAACAACACAACGAAAAAAUGGAGCAUCAUCGAAUGUUCGAACGUCCAUCGGUGCGGAGUCGCAUAGCGUCUUGGUUUAAUGGAAAGAAUUUCAAUCCUCAAAAAUUAAGAGGCGUAAUUUUGGGGAUCACGCUUACCGCAACACUUGGAGAGGUGUCCUCUUACAAAAUCAUCAAGCAAGAUAUAAAGGCUGGAGAACUUCCUUCCUAUCUCGCUGAUCUCAUGAUAAUAGUGUUUUCGAUAUUUGAAGCGAUUGUGGCACCGUUCAUUUCCUGGUGUGGAUUUAGGAAUCGACGCAUGUUGCUGAUCAGCUACACAUUUGCUGUCACCGUGACCAGCGUAACGUGGUGGUUUAUACCAGCGAAAUUAGAGAGAGAAGAAUCAGAACUGUGCGAUGCAUCAAACUCAAACAAUAGUGUUGCAUUUCGUGGAACCACAACUCGCUCAAUUAUUCGUCUCGUCAUAGUUAUUAUCUCGUGUGUUGCAUUUGUGCUCUCGCGUGUGGCGUGUUGGAGUCACAGCGUUGCUUACUCCGACGAAUACGCGCCGGCUCGGGCCAGUGUUCAUUACGGUGCUCUAUUGAUUUCUAGAGUGGUACCACUUGUACUGGGAUACAAGACAUUGACGGGCGCAGUCGAUGAUAACAUGCCGCUGCAGGCCGCUGGAAUAGCCGUCGGUUUUCUGUUGAACUUAAUACAGCUGUUUUUCUUUGUACCAAAAACAGUGCCCAUAGUGGAUGGAGUGCAGAAAGUGCCCGUCCCCUUACACGAACGGAGUUUCAUCACGAGCGUGGGGCGCGUGUUCAACAACUCUGUGGCGAUGACGCAAAUGUUCGCAAUGAGCCUUCUGGCGGCUGCUCUGUGGGGUUACGGCUUCCACGAGCUGAAUAUUGUUAAGGUUAAAUACAAUUUGAUUCCUGAGACGAAUGGACUGGUCCAAAUCACUGAAAUAUUGUUAUACUAUUUUCUUGCUGUUUUUGUGGCUUAUACCGGUGUUAAAUUCUCAGCUCCAAUUCUCAUGGAGUUUUGUAAUUUGAAGGCGAUCAAGAAGACAGUUAUUAUGAGUAUAGUAGUUUUCGUAUUAUACACCAUAAUGACAACUGUUCGCGGCUGCGACCCAGGAAAUGUCGUCGGCCUGGGGAAGAAUUAUUAUGGACAUCCGGAAUGCAGUUUGUCGUGCAACUGUAAGCCUCAGUGGGACGAAUUUAAGCCCGUCUGUGCGACCGACGACAUGGUCACGUACAUCUCACCCUGUCAUGCUGGUUGUAGAGAUUCGGAAGUAAUAAAUGGAAUACAAGUGUAUUCGAACUGCACGUGCGCGGGCGCGGGCGCGGCGCGCGUGCUGGAGCGCGCGUGCGGCGACGCGGGCUGCCGGCGCGCGUUCCGCCUGCACAGCAUGCUGUUCUUCCUGGCCAUUACAAUAACAAUAUUGGUGUUUCAAGCUCAAGGAGUUCUCUUGUUACGAACCGUGGACCCUCGUGAUAGGUCCGUGGUGAUGGGCUUGAUGUGGUCAAUGAUUGCAAUCGUCACAUUCGUGUGUGGACAUUCAGUUUUCUUAGGCCUUCGAGUUGCAACAUGCGGUUGGCUCGAAGCUGAAAAAUGUCAUCUACAAAGUCAAACCUUUCCGUAUCUAGUUGGAGCCACGAGCGCCUUCCUGACCCUCACAUCUAUCAUGACCAGUGUCACAACUUGGAUUUGUAUCCGAACAGCAAAUAAAGGUCAAAGUUUUGAGUCAAGGUUAUGAAAAGGACAGUACUAGUCAUAAUUUAUGUAGGAUAAUUAAUUUAUGAUUAAAUACUCGUGUAUUAUUUAUAAAAGUUUGUGUUAGUAAACAAUUCGACAAUCGCUAUAUAUAUGUGAUAAUAAUAUAUUCACGAUGAAUUAAUAAAAGUAUCCCAGAUACUAAAAGGGUUACAUUAUACUUUAUUCUUGUAAUGAAGUAUUGUGUGAUUAAUUUUGCAGAGUAAUUAACUGUAUAUCGACAAAUGGUCAUAGACAAUAAAAGAAGCAAUCACUCGCUGUAAUUUCGUAACACAUUGGACUCGCUAGUCAGUGAAAAGUAUGAUGAACUUUAUGUAAGCACACAAAAUAUUAAUUUAAUCUGUAAUUUUCAACAACCGAUUACUUCGAUAUUCUAAUGGAAAACUCAUUGCAUAUUUGCUAUAUUUUUUAUCAAAAAAUGUAUUAGGAGACCAAAUAUAGAUUAUCAAAUAUUUUAAAAUUAAUUCGAGUAACUAAUGCAGAGCCUUAAUUCCUAUAACUAAUUUUAUUUUAAAAUUAUCGAAGAUCAUGUAAAAAUCUUCCUCAAUUUCAGUUUUAUGUUUACAAAUUAAAGCCAUUUUUUGUAUCUGAAAAUGUUCUCGUUCUCAUUUAAUUAGAAUGGCAACACUGAUGUAACUCUUCCUUUGAUUUGCGCCAAAAAUUGCUACUGACAUGAGCCAUAGAGCGUACAUCAAAAGCUAUGACCUAAAUAAUGUUCGCGCGCGUAUAUAUAUUUGGAAUUUGCAGUCUUUUUUAAAUGUUUGUA